AUGUUCGAAAGAUACUCUUCGCAUUCGAAACUGCUCAGGGUUAUAGCAUAUUGUUUGAGAUUUCUACCUAACAAUAAACACACCGGUUCGUUGUGUUCGAGUGAAAUAGACGAGGCGGAAACGCGAAUAUUGCGAAUCAUGCAGGCCGAUCGAUUCUGCUCCGAGAUCAAGGAACUCAAGAGCGGAUGUUCCGUGAGCAAGGGCAGAAUCGCGAAUUUAAAUCCAUUUUUGGACGACUGCGGCUUGAUUCGCGUAGGAGGACGUCUCCAAAGGGCAGAUCUGUCAUUCUCACGUAAGCAUCCGAUUUUGAUUCCUAGCCGGCACAAGUUAACCGAUCGUAUCAUUCGCGAGACUCACGAGGUGCAUCAUCACGCGGGUAUUCAAACGACGCUGUACACUUUGCGUCAAAAAUACUGGUUAGUCGACGGGCGCAAUCAAGUACGAAAAAUCGUGCGUGCGUGCGUUCGAUGCUUUCGAUUCGAGGCUAAGGCAAUCGAAUAUAAAAUGGGGAAUCUGCCGGCGGCUCGUGUACGCGAGGCAAUACCCUUUGCAAAUACCGGAAUAGAUUUUUGCGGGCCAUUCUAUAUUAAGGAAAGGAAAUACCGUAAUCGAGCACGAGUCAAGGUGUACGUAUGCGUUUUCAUAUGCAUGUCCGUGAAGGCGAUGCACCUCGAGAUCGUAAGCGACUUAUCAACGGACGGAUUUCUUGCAGCGCUGCGACGGUUCGCAGCGAGACGAGGACUACCCCAGCACGUCUAUUCCGAUAACGGGACUAAUUUUAUAGGGGCGAAUAAUCAACUAAAAGAGUUGUACGUCUUAAUUAAUUCUGAUGAGCAUAGAGAGCGCGUGAGCAGAUUCGCAAGCGAUCAUCGCGUAACAUGGCAUUUCAUUCCGCCGGCGGCGCCGCAUUUCGGGGGUCUGUGGGAAUCCAGCGUAAAAUUAUUUAAGCAUCACUUUAAGCGCGUAGUAGGAGAUUCUUUAUUUACUUUCGAAGAAUUAAAUACUCUUGUCGUCGAAAUAGAAGGCGUUCUGAAUUCCCGACCGAUCACUUCCCUUUCUUCCGAUCCGAACGACUUACUGGUACUGUCGCCGGCUCAUUAUUUGAUCGGUAAACCUUUGACGGCCCUCCCGGAGGGCGACCUGUCGUCUGUUCCAGCCAACCGAUUGUCAACAUGGCAGCACAUUAAGAAGGUGCGGCAAGACUUCUGGGCGCGCUGGAGUCUUGAAUAUUUGAACGAGCUCCAGACGCGCAACAAAUGGAUCAAAGAGGGACCAAGGCUUGACGUCGGAACCAUCGUUCUCAUCAAAGACAAGGGUGCGCCAUGUACUCGAUGGACGAUGGGCAAGGUAACAAUGGUCCACCCUGGCGAAGACGGAGUGGUGCGGACAGCGACUGUGAAAACUCCGGCCGGGCAAAUAAAAAGAGCGGCCAAUCAUUUGUGCCCCCUGCCGAUCGAGCAGUAG